ACUUGUGCGCUGGUGGCGAUUUCAUGAGACACUGGGAGAGGCGCGGGGCAGUACAGCGAGGCAGCCCGACAGCCAUUUUAACAUUAUAACCGGCGAGGAGCAUUCACUACACGAAUACGAAAUUAUUUAAAAGGAAAUAUGGGCCAGUGCGGUAUUACGUCUUCGAAGACAGUUCUGGUUUUCCUUAACCUAAUAUUCUGGGCGGCAGCUGGCAUUCUGUGCUACGUCGGAGCCUACGUGUUCAUCACAUACGAUGACUACGAGCAUUUCUUCGAGGACGUGUACACACUCAUCCCCGCCGUCAUCAUCAUCGCCGUUGGGACCCUCCUGUUCAUCAUUGGGCUGAUCGGCUGCUGCGCCACGAUACGAGAGAGCCGCUGUGGCCUGGCAACAUUUGUGAUAAUCCUGUUGCUGGUGUUUGCUACCGAAGUUGUGGUGGUGGUUCUGGGUUACGUGUACAGAGCAAAGGUUGAAGACGAGGUCGAUUCUUCCAUCCAGAAGGUGUACGAGGAGUACAAUGGGACAAACUCGGAUGCCCCCAGCCGUGCCAUCGACUAUGUGCAGAGACAGCUUCACUGCUGCGGCAUUCACAACUACUCAGACUGGAGGAACACGCGCUGGUUCAAGGAGGUCAGGAACAACAGCGUCCCCAUCAGCUGCUGCAGGCCUGGCGUUGUAAACUGCACCGGAUCCCUCACCCGCCCGGGAGACCUCUACCCAGAGGGCUGUGAAGCUCUUGUCGUGAAGAAAUUGAAGGAGAUCAUGAUGUACGUCAUCUGGGCGGCACUGACAUUUGCGUCAAUACAGAUGCUGGGCAUGCUGUGUGCCUGCGUGGUUCUGUGCCGGAGGGGCCGUGAUCCUGCCUACGAGCUGCUGGUGAGCGGCAGCACAUACGCCUGAAGAGGAGCGAAGUCUGAAGCCGCCCCCCCCCCCCCCCAACAGUCCCUCUCUGCUUGCUCUGCACACUGGGCGCGGGGAUCCUAUUUAUUUACACACGUCAAAAACUGCUCUUUUAACCUAAAGUAUUUCAAACCGCUGUAAAAUACUGAUGGCCAGUGUCCGAAAUGGCAUUAAAACAUUUGUAUUUUUUUGGC